AUGGUCGUCAUUGGGUUGGUCGGCAAGCCCUCCAGCGGCAAGUCCACCACGUUAAACUCACUUACCGAUGCUAACGCCAAAGUGGGCGCGUUCCCUUUCACUACUAUCGACCCCAAUAAAGCCACCGGCUACCUAGAGGUCGACUGCGCCUGUGCUAGAGUAGGCAAGCAAGAGGAGUGUCUGCCGACCUAUGGCUAUUGCCGAGACGGCAAACGAGGCGUCCCCAUCAUGCUUUUGGAUGUUGCCGGCUUGGUGCCCAACGCCCAUCUUGGUCGGGGGCUCGGCAAUAAGUUUUUGAGCGACUUAACCGAGGCCGACUGUCUCAUCCAUAUUGUCGACGCCAGCGGCUGUACCGAUGCCGAAGGUAAAGCUACUCGAGGCUACGACCCUUUGAAAGACAUUGAGUGGUUGCAAGAAGAGAUUUUCCGGUGGAUUUUGGGCAAUUUGAUGGACAAGUGGCCGCUGGUGGUGAAACGCCACAUCGCCACAAAGCUGACGGCGUUGGAGACGCUUCGCCAGCAAUUGGGCGGGUACUCUGCUAACAAAAAGCUUAUUGGCAAAGCGUUAGACCGCUACCCUGAAGUACACGGCACCCCGUUACCGCCAUUGGAGAAAUGGGACCAGGACACCAUUGAGGACGUCGUGCGGUGUUUUAUGGACGUUAAGUUCCCCACCGUGCUUUCAUUAAACAAAAUGGACCACCCGGAUGCCGAUAAAAACGUGCUGAAGAUCAUCCUCAAAUACCCUGACUCAAAGACAAUUUUGACUCUGUCCAUCACUGAAGUGUUCCUACGAAAACUCGCUGAUCAAAACUAUAUCAAAUACGAACCAGGCACUGAGUUUGUCGAUACCAUUGACGAUUUGGGCCCGGAACUGGGACUUAAAGAGAUUGAUGAUAAGAUCCGUAACCGGAUAGAGAACGUCAGAGACCUUGUAUUGUACCGGUUUGGCUCUACUGGGGUGGUGGACCUUCUUAAAGCGGCCGCAGAACUUCUCGAGUUGGUCCCCGUGUACCCUGUACGUAACAUCAACUCGUUUCUGCUGGGAGACGGCGGAGCGUUUAAGGACUGUUUAUUGGUGAAACGGGGUACACCGGUGAUUAAUGUCGCCCGCAAGAUCAUGGGUGACGUCACUAUUGCCCACAUUGAAGGCGUAGGCGGCGUGAAAGUGGGCGAAGAAGAUACCGUGGACGUGGGCAAAAACGAUAUCUUAUGCUUUAAGAUUGCCCCCGGGGGAAAGUAA